AUGUCAUCGGAAAAGGAGACCUCAAUGCCUCCGAAGAGAUUCUCGCUCGAGGAAAAAGCCGAAAUUGCGAAACACGUCGAUCUCGAGCAAGAUGUUACACUGACGCCCCAAUGGCGUGCGCAAGAAAGGAAGGUGGUGAAGAAACUGGACAUGACUCUGAUGCCAACAGUGUGGGUCUUAUAUCUAUUCAAUUAUUUGGACAGGAACAAUAUUGCUCAAGCAAGGCUCAAUUCUUUCGAAGAGGAUCUUGGCCUCGUCGGCAAGAACUUUAAUACGGCAGUGUCGAUAUUGAAUGUUGGCUACAUGCUUGCCCAGCUGCCCUCCAACAUGAUUCUCACACGCGUCCGACCACACUUGUAUCUUCCACUUUGUGCCGCAUUGUGGUCUUGUGUUUCUGCGUCCACAGCAGCAACUCAUAGCUAUGGUGGCUUGAUCGCUGUCCGUUUCUUUCUCGGCAUCGUUGAGGCUCCGUUCUUUCCCGGGGCCUUUUAUGUCAUGUCCUGUUGGUACACUCGCAAAGAGCUUGCACUCCGUACUGCGGUCCUCUACUCGGGACUUGUGCUGGCCACAGCAUUUUCUGGUCUCAUUGCCGCUGGGGUGUUUGCGGGACUCGAUGGAGUUUCUGGCCUCCCUGGUUGGAGAUGGCUAUUCAUCUUGGAGGGCGCCGGAAGCUUCAUCGCCGCCGUGAUCGCCAUCUUCGUUAUGCCUGACUAUCCCGAGUCGAAGACUGGAAGCGGCAGAUGGUUGUUCUCAGAAGAAGAGCGAAAAUUUGCAGCCGAACGCAUUGCACGCGAUCGCGUCUCCCAGCCAGAGGCUGACAGGUCGGUCUGGUACGGAUUGAGGCUCGCUGCGAAGGACUACCGAACAUGGGUCUUUGUCCUCAUGCUGUGUGCCAAUCAUACCGCUUAUGGAUUCAAUAGUUUCUACCCGUCCAUUGUCAAAGGCUUUCAUCUGGGAUCUACUACCAAGACACUGCUGCUCACGGCUCCUCCGUAUCUCGUCGGUGCCGCCGUCUCGUUCCUGGUCGCCUAUUCGUCGGACCACCGCAAGGAGAGAGGCUUCCAUAUCUCAGUGCCAAUGGCAGUCGCCAUGGUUGGCUUCAUCAUCUCUGUCGCGACCCUCAAUGUGCCGGCGCGGUACUUCGCCUCAUUCCUCUAUACUUCCGGCUGCUUUUCUGCAAAUGCAAUGGUGUACACCUGGGCAGCAUCGACACUCAACCAAACACCCGAGAAAAGAGCUUGCGCGACCGCCAUGAUAAACCUGCUCAGCCAGUUUGGCAAUAUCUGGAGCCCUUACUUCUUCCCAGCAUCUGAUGCACCGAGGUACACCAUGGCGAUGUUGUUGAUGUUGGGGUUCUCAGUGCUGAGUAUUUGCUGCUGCAUUGUCAUGAAAAUCAGCUUGCGGAAGAGUAACGAGAAGAUGAGGGAGGAAGCUGAGGAGAGUGGAAGAGAAGUUGUGCUUUUCACCUUGUGA